AUGAAGGAGAUCGCUGGAGCAGCAUCAAAAGGAGUAAGGCUGACCAGACUGAUUCCAGUCAUCAGAAACAGUGCUCAUGAUGAACCAGAAACUCCUGAUGACAAUCUCUCAUCCAGAAGGAUCGUUCUUCUGGGUGUAACUGGUGUUGGGAAAAGUGCAACUGGAAACACAAUACUGAGAGAGAAAGAGUUCAGAUCUGAGAUGACAACGAAUGCAGUAACCUGUGAAUGUUUAGAGAAACAUGCCACUGUUUCAGGCAGAUCUGUGUCAGUAGUUGAUACUCCUCCAUUCUUUGACACACAUAUGAAGCCAGAGGAGAUAAUGACAGAGAUAGCAAGAUGUGUGUAUUUAUCCAGUCCUGGACCUCAUGCUUUUCUCAUUGUUCUCAGAGCAGAUGACAGAUUCACUGAGCAUGAGAUGCAGAUUUCUCAGAAGAUUGAGAUGUUGUUUGGUCCGGAGGUGUUAAAAUACUCCAUCAUUCUCUUCACUCAUGGAGAACAGUUAGGAAGAUCAAUAGAGAGAAUCAUUAUGAUGUAUCCUGCAUUAAGUCAUCUAGUUGAUCAGUGUGGAGGCAGAUAUCAUGUCUUCAACAAUAGAGAUUACAAUAACAGAGAGCAGGUGAAUGAUAUACUGCAGAAGAUUGACACAAUGAUAGAACAGAAUGGAGGAGGCACUAUAGUAAUCAGAUCUUCGAAGAUGCUUUGA